AUUAAUAAUUACUAGUAAAGCAGCAAAUUCAAAGAAACAUACAAUGGCCUUUUGCAAAGUUGGUAUCCUUUCUCUCCUCUUAUUGUCCGGUAUAUUUCUGUUGGGAGUUGAGGUGGAAUAUGGAAAUGCACAAAAGAUGUGUCUCCAGGUUUGUGACAAUGAAGUUGCUUACAUGACUUGCCCCUCUUCAGGAGAUGAAAAAAUUACUGAAGUAUGCGUCAAUUGUUGCACAGCAGAUGAAGGCUGUAAAUUAUACCGUGCUGAUGGAUCGUUAAUUUGUACUGGAACCCCUGAAUAAUAUAACAAAAUGUAACCAUUAAAAUUUAAAUUCCUAUUCGUGUGUAAUAAGGCCUGAGUUAUUUUACUUUGGUGGUUUGUAAUAAUAUUUUCAUCCUA